AUGGAGCUUGGAAAUCGCACCAUCCUGACUGAAUUCAUCUUGGUGGGCUUCUCUGCCAAUCCCCGGUGGAAGCUGAUUCUGUUUGGAUUAUUUCUGAUACUCUAUUUGAUAACCUUGUCUGGGAACAUGACCUUGGUUAUCUUAAUCCACAUGGAUUCCCGCCUGCACACUCCUAUGUAUUUUUUCAUUGGCAAUCUUUCCUUUUUGGACUUCUGGUACACUUCUGUGUAUACUCCCAAAAUCCUGGCCACUUGUGUUUCAGAGGCUGAGCGCAUAUCCUUGGCUGGGUGUGGAGCUCAGUUCUUCUUUUCUUGUCUGGUGGCCUACACUGAGGGCUACCUCCUAGCCGCCAUGGCCUAUGACCGCUAUGCGGCCAUUUGCAACCCAUUGCUUUAUUCAAGUGCUAUGUCCAGUUCUCUCUGUACUGGACUCGUUGCUGGCUCCUACAUAGGUGGGUUCUUGAAUGCCAUAGCCCAUACUGCCAACACCUUCCGUCUGAGUUUCUGUGGUAACAAUAUCAUUGAGGAUUUCUUCUGUGAUGUCCCUCCUUUGGUCAAAAUGUCUUGUACAGACACCCAGGUCUACGAAAAAGUCCUCCUCGGUGUGGUGGGCUUCACAGUCCUCUCCAGCAUUCUUGUCAUCCUGAUUUCAUAUUUCAACAUCUUCCUGGCCAUUCUGAAGAUCCGCACGGCCUCAGGAAGGCGCAAGGCCUUCUCUACUUGUGCCUCACACAUGGUCUCUGUCAUGCUCUUCUAUGGGUCCAUGUUGUUCAUGUAUUCGAGGCCGAGUUCCACUUACUCCCCGGAGAAGGACAAACUGGCUGCCUUGUUCUACACGGUGAUCAACCCCUUGCUCAACCCUCUCAUCUAUAGCGUGCGAAACAAAGAUGUCAAAGCGGCCUUCUGGAAGGCGAUACAAACCCUACAGCCACAGACAUGA